AUGUUCUCUAUUUUUUCUGGCUUGAUGCUGGCACUUUCUUACGUUGCUACCGCUGCGCCCGUACAACCCGUUGAACUGCUUGCCUGGAGCCCCGCUAUUACCUCCCCUACUAGUGAGACAGUUUGGGCGUGUAAUUCUAUGCAGACUGUGUUCUGGGCGACGAACAACGUCCCUGAGGAGAAAAAGAAUUCUACUGGUAUCCUGCUGUCGGGAUUCAUUGCGAACAACUCCGAGAAUUUGGACAUCUAUCACCCCCUCGCUACGGGUUUCCCCAUCAUCGCCGGUCAGGUCUCAUUCCUUGUUCCCCAGAACGCGACGCCUCGCGACAAUGCUAUCGUUGUCUUGUUCGGUGACUCCGGAAAUGCUUCUCCCCAGUUCAAGAUCGUCUAA